AUGGAUCUUCUUUCAGUUCUUCCUGGCUUCGCAACAAAACAAUUUGCCCAUAUAUUGCCUCCGCUAGAGAGGGCAAAAAUUUCUACUGUCGAUCUCAUCACUCUCGACACGCUCGAGAUCGCGAAACGCGCCCAUGUACCCACCGCAGACGUCCGCCACCUUUGUGCCCGCAUUGUCGAGGCACUACACUCCGACCUUGGCUUCGAGAGAACACAAAGAAACAUAGAACCGACCGGAAAUGAUGAAGCAAAUCCCAAUUCCAAUCUGGACACGGAGAAAACCAGCCUCGGUCCUGCGACCAGGCUGCAGACCUCGCCAUGGAAUAUAAUCAGCACAUUGGACUCCACCAUGGAUGCGCUCUUGGGGGGCGGCAUUCCAACAGGAUACGUGACUGAAGUCACAGGUGAGAGUGGCAGCGGCAAGACCCAGUUCCUCCUUAGCCUCCUCUUAGCCGUUCAGCUACCCAAACCACACGGCAUACAGAAACGAGCAAUAUACAUAUCAACAGAACAUCCACUAGCCACGAAUCGCCUUUCUCAGUUGAUAGAAUGCCACCCAUACCUCUCCACCCUCUCCGUGGACCAAGCACCAACCCUCCAGAAUGUAUUAGCAAUCAACGCCAUGGAUCUAGAGACACAGGACCAUAUCCUCAAUUACCAGCUCCCAGUCGCAAUAAAAAGAUACAACGCUGGCCUGGUCAUAAUAGACUCCGUGACAUCAAAUUAUCGCGCCGAACACACAAACCACAGCAUGCUUGCUCUCUCCGCACGAUCCACCGAGCUCGCAAAACUAGGCCACAUGCUGCGCAACCUCGCAGCAAAAGAGGACAUCGCCAUACUUGUCGCAAAUCAAGUAUCGGAUCGAUUUGAACCAAUUGACCAAGCCAGUAGCGAUCUAUCAUCAAAAAGACCUAUGUUCCAAAAUACCCCGCAAGGUGCCGCCUCGCCGCUCCCCCGAAACAGAUCGGGAUUGCCGGGUCCAUCAACGCAGCAGUUCCCAUAUGAUCUCCCUCCAUCCUCAGCGCCUUCCUCGUCGCCUUUUCUCACCUCCCAAGAAGAAUAUUUCGACGGCUCAUACAUAAUUGGCAAUACGGCACGGAAUGAAAUGAUGAGCCUCCUUCACCAGGAGCGAUUCUUCACUGGCUGGGGAGACGGAGUUUAUCCUCGUUCAUCAUCUCUAAAGACUCCGGCUUUAGGAUUCUUCUGGUCAACACAAAUUGCCUGCCGCAUUGCGUUGAAAAAAGAAAUUCGCUCUACAUUCCCGGCGUGGGAUGCUGGAUUCCCUCUAUCUACACCUUUAGAGCAGAUGGACCCUCAAGAGAAUAAUCAUGAGGGCAAGGCUCUUGAAAGCAGACCUGGUUUUACAUCUGCUCUGAAAACAAAUACUGGAGAACCAGAAACCAAGCCUCCAACAUCUAAUGUGGAAAAAAGCUUCGUGCCGGAUCCAGUGGAAUCGGCUUCGAACCCGAUCCGACGCGUGAGGUCCCCUGCUCCUCCUGAACCCGAAGUUGUUACCAAGCGAACAAUGAAAGUUGUUUUUGCUCCUUGGACUGGAGGUCUAGAAGAGGAGCAAAUUGAGGGUGGAGUAACAUCAAAGUCAAGGAGGAAGGUGCACGAGGCAUCAUUUGAGAUUUGGAAAGGAGGGCUACGAAGUAUAAACCUCAGUGAAUGA